CGGGUGCGGAGAAGGCCCAGCCAGCCGGCCACGCCGACCCCCAUGCAGAACCGCAGCUCCAUCGUGCAGGCGGCCCAGCAGGCGCCCGAGGGCCUCGGCCGCACGCCGCUCUGCUACAAGUGCAACAAGGUCAUCAGGGGACGCUACCUGGUGGCACUGGGACACUAUUACCACCCGGAGGAGUUCAUCUGCUGCCAGUGCAGGAAGGUGCUGGAUGAGGGCGGCUUCUUUGAGGAGAAGGGCUCCAUCUUCUGCCCCAAGUGCUACGACACGCGCUAUGCACCCAGCUGUGCCAAGUGCAAGAAGAAGAUCACUGGGGAGGUCAUGCACGCACUGAAGAUGACCUGGCACGUGCAGUGCUUCACCUGCGCGGCCUGCAAAACGCCCAUCCGCAACCGUGCCUUCUACAUGGAGGAGGGACAGCCCUACUGCGAGAGAG